AAUUGAUGCCAUCCUCAGGUUCUCCAAUCAGAUCCCACAAUUAGAUGCUUACUGGCCCAUCCAGCACUACGGAAACAGGCAAUUAAGUGAACAUUUUUACUUGCUGUUGCUGCAUUUCACAAAUGACUGACAUCACAUGUUUACAUUUAAUGUCGUUGAGCAAAGACAUGAAAGACCUGGGUAGAGACAGGAGGAGGAGAUACAUGAGUGGGAGAGAGAGAGAGAGAAGAGAGAGAAGGAAGGGCUGCUCCACAGAGAAAACAGCACUGGGCUUAGAGAGUCAGAAAGAGAGUAGGGCGAGGAGGGCUUGUUUUUGAUCCUUCUGCUUCUUUAAAACGUGGAAGAACAGCACUCUGAAGAAAGAGAAGAAGAAGAAAAGGGACAGGAAAAUCGAGGAAACAAGACCAUGAACGACAUUAAGUUGGCUCUGCUGGGAAGUCCAGGAGCUGGAAAGUCAGCUGUCCUCGUUCGCUUCCUGACCAGACGCUUCAUCGGAGAAUAUGCCUCCAACACCAGUUCACUGUAUCGAAAGCGGCUGUCCAUUGAUGGCAGACAGCUAAAUCUGGAGGUGUUUGACCCCUGUUCACAGAACUCGGAGGCCAGUUGCAUCCUGAAGGAGCCAUUGGAGUGGGCAGAUGGUUUCGUGGUGGUCUACAACAUCAGCGACCGCACGUCCUUCAUCAAUGCCAAGAACAUCCUGCGGCAGAUUGGCGAGGCCCGCGUGAACCACUGCAAAGGCGAGCUGCUGUGUGUUCCCGUGUGCCUGCUGGGCAACAAGCAGGACCUGUGUCACGUCCGGCAGGUGUGCGAGGACGAGGGCCGCCGCCUGGCCCAGGAUAAUGGCUGCCACUUCCAGGAGGUGUCGGCGGCUGAGAGCUACCAGGAUAUCGCCGGCCUGUUCACACAGCUCAUCCGCCAGGUGAUGGAACACCUGAAGUACCGCGCCGACCGCCGCCGCUACAGUGGGUCCAAGUCCAUGGCUAAGCUCAUCAACAACGUGUUUGGCAAGAGGAGGAAGUCCGUGUGAUGGAUCACAAACUCAAGUUUAGGCAUUUAUUUAAAAGGGAGCGUGAGCCAGGAGAUGAAUAAUGCCAAGGAAAGCCUUAAUUGAACUGAUUAUAUUUUUGCUCCCCAUAUUUUACUGACAAAAAACACAGGACACAACACCACCUUUGAGCAUUAAGGUGAAGUACUGACUAGUUGUGUGUAUACACACGAUAACCCGCACAGAAAGCUUUCCAGAUCUUCCAGAAUCUGCACCUAUUCCAGCUGUAUUUCCUUGGCUUUCCAAAAUGGUCUGUUUUAAUUUAGCAGGUGUACAGCUUCUAUUCAGGAACACUCAUAUAAGGAAGCCCAGCUCACUGUGAUGUCACAGGGAGUCGGUGUUAGAAAAAACUCUUACAAACAGUGUUCUGAGCCAUCCCAAACUUCUUUCAAAUGCAAAUUUAAUUUUCUGAAACUUAGGUCCCUUUUAAUAUAAGAGAAAGGAUUUUUUUUUUAAAUUAAUAAGUGUUAAUACGUCAAAGUUGUGCAAUGAUGAGUGUUGAUAAAUGGAAAGACGAGUGGGGUAUACUUAGUAUAAUAAUCAGUGUUAAAUCGCGCAUGCACGCUCAGCAUAAUUCUUUAUCCCUCGCUGUAUUGGCGGUGACAGUGUUCAAUUCCUCAUGAUGUUCCAUAAUAAUUACUGGCUCGUCUUGAGUGACAUACUCUGUCUGGAUUUGCUUUCUUUUUGUGCGGAAGGAGAAUAAUAUGACGUCAAAAAAAACCUUGGAGUCUUGACCAAGUAAAGCCACCAUUGUUUUAUCGUCAACUUUGUUUGGGAAACUCAGGUUUUGUUGAGCUGCAUCAUGAGCACAAAGCCUGGUAGGUAGUAAUUCAUGUCAAUAAAAUGUCAUUCUAUACAAAUUAGCUGUGUCAUCUGGGUGGAAUUAUAUUUGUAAUGUGAUUUUUACGGUAUAUAUGUAGUGUUUUGGCCCACAGCUUGUGUUUUUACAGACUAUUGUAAACAACAGGAAAAAGUAAGUACAGCUGAAAGGGUUAGCUUGAAAGUGAAAGUGCCAAUUUUGUCAUCUUUUAAAUGUAAACCACAAUGUGAUUACACACAAACUGAUACAUUGGGUGUGGCCAAUAGAUGGAAGCCACGAUGACAGAGAUUAUAAAGUGAUUUAAACAUUCUGACGACACUCAAUCAAUCAAUAACGCAAUGACUACUCUAAAAUCCAUUAGUCAAUAAAUGUGCUACUUUGUAGCUCAUUUAGUGAACGUGUACUACCGCACUUGAACAGUUGAUGUCGCUACGAUCACACAAAUUAAGUGUAUUAUUCGUGUCGACACUUUUUGUUAACCAUAUGCCGAUUGUGAAGACUUACUUUAGAAAGAUCCCACAGUAAAAUAGUUUGUUCUUCUUAUAGUUCAUUUGUGUCCAAGGACGCUUUCUGACAUCUAAACCAUCACAUUACACAUGACAUCACAUUAGCUGUUCUGAGAUCAGUUUGAACUGGUCACGCGCAGUCUGUCAUGCUAGGCUACAAGGUUUUUUCUCCCCUCUAAAUAAAAAGUGUUUUCAAGUUGUAAGUAUUACCUGAAACAUUUGC